UCGUGGGUAAUUGUCAAGAGAUUUUGUAGAGUUAGAGUCUGGCAGUCACCAUUUAAGUCUUUUAUUGUGCUGACUGAUAGCCUAAUUACUCCAGAUACCCACAGCUGGAGCAGACAAAUGGAAGCUCUCACCAAAUAAACGUUUUAAAUAGUCCUCAGCACAGUGUGCGAAGCUUUUACGGAUUGCUUCAACCCCUAACAUCAGUGAUAAGAAAGCUCUGCGCAGCUGUUGGGCCAAAACAAACCCGAAAGCGAUGCCCAGUCGCCUGUUGACGGCCAACAACUGAGCGCGUCACGUUCAGUUCUGACUUGUGUCUUACGCGGCGUAUACGCAACGAGCGGCAUCGGCAUCGGCAACGGACAUCGCAACGGCAACGGUUUAGAGGCAAGGCUAUAUAAGCAAGGGAUGCGCCCCGAAAGCCAACAGAUGGUCGCUGACUGUGCACGCGUGUGGUUAUCGGAGAUCAGUAAACACCCAAACUAAACGCUGAAUAUUAUUGUAAUAAAAAUUGUGCACACAAAAAAAAAAAGAACGAAAGGGGGAAAAAACGAAAUUAGGAAAAUGCUGCCGCAUAUUUAUUCAACAUUUUAAUGCGGCAAGCCAGAACGCCGCCCAAAAUUCGUUGGAUCGACAAAAAUUUGUCUGCAGAGCAUAUAAAGCAGGAAAAUUCCCGCGAGUGCAUUUCGAAAUUGCAGACUAAAUGAAUAAAUGCUGCCGUCGCAGCCAUAAGGACAAACAAAAAUUCACUCGUGUCACUACCAGAUCCAAACGGAAAACAGGAGACAGCCAGAAGAAUACGCCCGGGGCAGUGGGAGCGUUGCCGGGAAGAUGAUAAUCAGCAUGAAUCAGACGGAAUCGGUGCCCCUGGCUGCUGUGGAGAAGCUAAGCGAAUUCGCCAGCAGCAGCAACAGCGUCCGCUUCCUCGACGAGCACCAUCCCCUUGACUAUCUGAAUGUGGGAGUGGUUGGAGCAUCGCAUGCGCUCGUCAAUGCAACCAAUGUCAACGCCACAGAGCUCAACGAGACGGUGAGAGGACCCCUGGACCCGGAGCUUGUCGAGCGAUUCCUGAGCAAUCGGGCAGUGGACAGCCCCUGGUACCACAUGCUAAUUAGCAUGUACAGCGUCCUAAUCGUAUUCGGGGCUCUGGGCAAUACAUUGGUAGUCAUUGCCGUUGUCCGCAAGCCAAUUAUGCGCACGGCCCGCAACCUCUUCAUACUCAAUCUGGCCAUCUCGGAUUUGCUUUUAUGCCUGGUCACCAUGCCGCUGACACUUGUGGAGAUACUAACCAAAUACUGGCCCCUCGGAUCCUGCUCCGUUCUGUGCAAAAUAGUCGCCAUGCUGCAGGCACUGUGCAUAUUCGUUUCGACAAUAUCCAUAACGGCCAUCGCCUUUGACCGAUAUCAGGUGAUUGUGUACCCCACCAGGGACAGUUUGCAGUUUGUUGGGGCCGUCACAAUACUGGCCGGAAUCUGGCUGCUGGCCCUGCUGCUGGCAUCGCCGAUGUUCAUUUACAAGGAGCUGCGGAGCGAGGACACACCACUGCUGCUGCAGCAGAUUGGGCUGCAGGAGCAAAUAAGGUUUUGCAUCGAGGACUGGCCGAGCAGCAACGGCCGCUUCUACUACUCGAUAUUCUCGCUGUGCGUGCAGUAUCUGGUGCCGAUCCUGAUCGUAUCGGUGGCCUACUUCGGUAUCUACAACAAGCUGAAGAACCGCAUCACCGUCGUCACCGUGCAGGCCUCGUCGCAGCGCAAGGUGGAGCGCGGCAGGCGCAUGAAGCGCACCAACUGCCUGCUCAUAAGUAUCGCCGUCAUCUUCGGUGUGUCGUGGCUGCCGCUGAACUUUUUUAAUCUGUACGCGGACAUGCAGCGCUCGGGGUCGGGGCCGACCUCGAAUAUGCUCGUGAUGUACGCCAUUUGCCACAUGAUUGGCAUGAGCUCGGCCUGCUCCAAUCCGCUGCUCUAUGGAUGGCUCAAUGAUAACUUCCGUAAAGAAUUUCAAGAACUCAUAUGUCGUUGCACUGAAUCCACUAAUGUUGCUCUUAAUGGUCACACGACAGGCUGCAACGUGCAGGCGGCGGCGGCGCGACGGCGACGCAAGCAUGGCGCCGACAUAUCCAAGGGCGAGCUGAAGCUGCUCGGCCAAAGCGGCGCCGGUGUCGGCGGGGGUGGUGCCAACGGUGGCGAUGGUGAUGCCACAGGUGGUGUGAGCAUGGCUGCCACCGAUUUCAUGACCGGACAUCAGGAAUGCGGACUGCGGAGCGCCAUGACCGAGUCGGUGGCGCUUACCGAGAAUCCCAUGCCUACGGAGGUCACCAAGCUGAUGCCUCGUUUGGAACAAUACUAAAUUGCAUUUUGCAUAUGUACUUGUGCUUGUACUCCAUUUCCUUCUGAAUUGUGCAAUCCAGGCCCCGAGGAGGAGCAGCGAGAGCCGUGAGAAUCGUGUGAGUGAUGCGACGACGGACGGACGGACGGACAGACGGAGGGACGGAGUUCGUUUUUAGAAUUUACUACAUAAAUACGAUAUAUUGUCCAGUGAUCCAAAGCCAAGCUGAGUAACACUUAAGUUAAGACCCACACAACGAGUAGAAAUCACAACUAAACCACACACAUACAUAUGUACAUGAUAAUCUAUUUUUAAGUCAUAAUCCUAACCAUCCAUUUCAUUGACAAAAAAAAGACUUAGUCUAGUGACUAUUUUGGUUGUUCAUUUUCAUAUCGAAUUCCGAAAAGUAAUUGAUUGAGCCCCCAACUGAAAUUCGGGUAUUUGAUAAGUCGAUAAUAAGUUCCCAUUAUAAAGUUCCUAAGAAACGUUGAAUUCUGUUUAACCCCCAUACUUUCGUUUACUCUCAGAGACCUCGAUACCUUUUCGACUAAGCUAGCAAUAAUUACAUACAUAAAUACAUAGCUCAUACAUACACUAGACUACUCUUUUCUAUAAAUAAGUACACACACAUUUCGCAAUUAAAAUAAUAAUAAUUGUCAUAUGUACAUACUAUAUAAUAGCAUUAUCCGAGCAGUAACUUUAAAAUACUAUAAAUGUCAGUUCUUACAGCUAUAUAAAUCGAUGAUGAUAAACUAUUUCAAUGUUUGCCGUCUGCUGGCAUUACACUAAUGCCAUAAUGAAUUUUAAUAAAUGUUGUUUACAA